GCGGAGUUCGGCUGUGCGACAUGAGAAUCGAAUGAAACAUCCUAACCCUCAGUAUAUUGUCACGGUAGACGAACAUAGUAUGAAUGAUGUGCCAGUAGGUAAGUAAUGGCUUGGUGUUGGCUUGGUGCGUACUUCGUCGUGUUCGGCCAUUCGAAUGAAAAGAAGCUGAGAAACCUUCUAGAUUUUGAAAAACGAAUUUCCUUUUACAAAAUUCAGGGGCUAGAAAACCAAUUCACUUCUGGCCGAGUAAUACUUGGGAAGUCAUUUACGGCUCGAGAUGACCACUCAGACUCACCACAUAAAUCAUAUCACUACACUGUCCGGAAUGCGCAGACUUACCGCCCAGAACCUUAUCAUCUUCUUCCCGCAGUCAGUACUCGUUCUUACCACAAAGGGUAUCGAUCAUGACACUCCACUUCAUGGACCACCGGCAACCUCCCGAGGCUGUGGCUCUGAGCUUCUCAACGUAGAUGAACGUCACGAUGACGCUAUCAUCAUAUAGGCCACUUAAGGUGAUGGGCUUCUAGUAUGG